CGGGCGGCGCGCGAAGCAGCCCCGGGGCUGGGGACUGGGCGGCGCCCGGCGCAGGAGCCGCCUCCGUGCUUGGCGGUGGCACACACGCUUCCUGCACCUGCUCUGGGCGUAGCCUCCCUGCGACCACGUCAGGGCCAGCAGAGCUCGGCUCUCCCCGCGGCAGCAUGUCGGCCAGGGGGGGCUCCAUGCCGCCGCCGCCGCCCAACCCCACCGCCUACUUCCCCGCGCCCAGGAUCACGCUGCCCGUCGGCUUGGACAUGCUGCGCACCUACUCGGGAGCCUUCAUCUGCCUGGAGAUUCUGUUUGGAGCACUUGUCUGGAUUUUGAUAGCUGCUACUAGAGUUCCACUGCCUCUGCUGCAGGGAUGGGUGAUGUUUGUGUCAGUGACUGCUUGUUUUUUGUCCAUCCUCUUCCUGGGCGUGUUCCUUUUUAGUUAUACACAUAGAAUUGCUGUGGACUGGAACCAGAUGGAUUUUCUUUUCCAUGCAGCUACUUUUGUCUUUUAUUUUGGAGCCUUUUUAUUGCAAGCAGCAACAACAUCUCUACAUAAUUAUCAACUUCUAUCAAAUGACAGUAUGUUGCUAAGCAAUCGAGACUAUAACAUAAGCAUAGCAGCCUCAAUUUUUGCCUUUGCAACAACCAUUUGUUAUGGUUGUAGCACAGCCCUUGCUUUAAGAAGAUGGAAACUAUAGCACUUGAAGAGGUUAAUGGUUCAGCAUUCUAGUUUAGUUUGUGUAAUUGUGUAUAAGAUCAAAUUAAAUGCCACUUGUCUUUCAAACUAUAACGGAAUUCCAAAAGGCUUUUAUGUAUAAAUUCUAUUUUAAAAAUGCAGAUAAGCUCAUAUCAGAAUUACUUUAAUUGAAAUAAUCUGUGAUUGUUUUUUUACUUUUAUUAUAUGCUAAUUAGAAGCAUUAUUCUACUAUCUAUAUAGUAUUAUACAGUUUAGUGAGAAAUAGAUGCAUCAUUAGCAGACAACUGAAUUUUGGUGCUAAACAAUUAGGAGAGAGGAAGUGGAAGGUAAACAAACAUGUUAUAUGCACAGGCAGCUACAAGUUGCAAUGCUUACGGUUACUUAUUAUUAAAAGCCCCACUUCUGCCAUAAGCUCCAAGUAGGCAGAAUCCUGGGUCUCUGCACAGAUUCAAGCAUCUGCCACACAGUGCUCCUUGCAGGAUGAGGGCCUACCUUGACUUUUGUGAGAUUACCUUAAUAUUUUUAAAAGCAAAACUUAAAGAAAAACUAUUUUAGUUUCCUUCCAGUACAAUCUUGUGAAAUACUUUACAGUAUUUCUGGCAGUGAUGAUCUGAUCUUUUCUAUAAUUGUGUUGUAUUCCUUAGUAAAUACAAAUUGUUUAGUACUAUUGUUCUGUAGUUUCCUAUAUUCACAGAUUUAGUUCUGUCAAGUCUGUUUAUAUUGCAAAAUGUAAACAGUGUGUUUGUGUUGUGUAUAUCUGGUAUGUUUUGGUUUAAAACAAAGUAUUUGAACUGUU